GCUACAAUGGCGGAGAAAGAGGGCGAGGACCCCAAUUCUGCGAAGAGUGUGGUGAGACUUGUACUAUGGGGAAUAAUGGGUCUGUUCGUUGCGGUUAUGGUUGUGGUUUUAAUCGCCUGGGCCUGCCUUCACGCGAGCGACCCGCGUUUUGUCCUAACAGACGUUACCAUUUACGACUUCAACAUCGCACAGCCAAAUUUGUUCACUUCAAAUCUUCAAGUCACCCUCUCUUGUAGCAACCCAAACCAUAAUGUCGGAAUUUUGUACGACCGCCUCGACAUCUAUGCCACAUACCGCAACCAAGAGGUGACGUUGCGGAAACUAUUGCCGGCCAGCUAUCAAGGACAUAUGGACGUGACGUUGUGGUCGCCGGUUCUUACUGCCUCCGCCCAGCCGGUGGACCCUGACCUGUCUCAGGAAUUGAUCGAAGACCAAAAAUCCGGGUUGUUGCUUCUUGACAUCAAGAUCGACGGUUGCCUUAGGUUUAAAUAUGGCUCGUGGGUCUCUGGAUGUUAUCGGCUCCUCGUCAGUUGUCCGGCGUACAUUACCUUCUCCGGCGCCGGUCUUCUAGAGACCAAGUACCAGCCUAAUCAGAAAUGUUCUGUUGAUUUAUGA